GUUUUAUUGUGAGCGACUGCAUAACUUCGACAACUGCUUCAAGCAUGUCAAUUUUAGGAACAUUGUCUACCUAAAAGCAUAAUAGCUUCAACUGGUGAGUAUGUUGGAAAUAGACUGAACGCAUUUAAAGGAAGAUGCCCUUUCUAGGUCUUUCACUGAUUGUCGUUCUAUGCAACCAAGGUAAGUUAGUUACGAAUUUUCCUUAAACAGCGGUUGUGUUGUUAAACCAGUUUAACUGAGAACUAGAAGGCUCAUCAAGGUAUAAGCUUGAAAAGAGAACUCUCUUACUUCCUUGCCUAGUUCUAUAAAUAUACAAAUUAUAAGUUGUUGCACGCAGCUGCAAUUAGCGGCUCUCAUUUGACUUCAGUGUACAAUGUGGCUCUGUUUUUGUUAUGUAUCCAUUCAAUAGAUACUACCAGUUAAAGUGUUUCCGACCGGUGUAGAUCAUAUAUAUAUAGAAACUGUCUAAUCGUCAUACCUUCUGCGGGUGAAUCCAAAAUACACGAAACCGCUGAUGAAAUAUAAUUUAAGUUUGGGAAUUUAACUGAAAGUUAUCAGCAACUCAAGGGCACCCAAUGACUGUUUCCUCCUAAAUACAUUGAAAACGCUUUUUAGCCACCCAGAGUACUUUUAGCAGUCUCCAGAAAUGCAUUAUACGCUGCGGGGAGCUAUAAAAUUUGUGUCUGUUCGGUCAUCCUAGGAGAACUUAAGCCUUUUCGAAAUUACAAGAGGCUUCAGUUUUAUUUACCGAAAAUUUUAGGUUUUCUUUUUUCUACGAAAAAUAUCCUAACCUGAGGAGUGAAAUAUGAAAAAUUAAACUUCAUAAAGUCGUAGGGGGUUUAUUAGAUAAGCUUUGAAAAUUGUACCUGUAUGGAACAGUCAUCUAGAAAUUUUUAGCCGUCUUAAAGUGAUUCUAGGCAAUAUUUACAUAACUUGAUAACUUUAUUAUUUAUAUAGCGCAAAAUACAUGGGUAUAUGAUCUAAUGCGCUUCUCCGAACUGAUAUGUUACAGAAAACAGUCGUUGGGUGCCCCUGACAAACUGUUCUUGGUAUUUCUUCCGCGAUGGUUUUCGCGUGUUUGCAGGUAUCUGCCAAUGGACUAGAUAGGUCUAGGCAAGGGGAAGAGACGAGAGGCUGUCGCCUGAAGUUCUUAACUAAUAAAUUUUUAAGGAAAUUUUAUGUACGAAAAGAAUUGUACCUAAUUUUUAUAUACGAUGUUUGCAAUGAUAAUAAGUGCCCUCUUCGAAUGGCUCGCGAUCGGCUCUAACCCUGUUUGAAUGUGAACAAUGAUGGAACAAGUUGUCCUAAAGUUGUAAAUAUUUCUUAUUGGUCUCUGAAUGGAGGCCUAUUAAAAAACAGAAGUAAUUUGAUGUCAGUUGACAAGGGAUCCCAUUAAGAUCCUAGUUGUAACUUGAGUACGUAGCAGUCAGUCUCCGUGGCGCAAUCGGUUAGCGCGUUCGGCUGUUAACCGAAAGGUUGGUGGUUCAAGCCCACCCGGGGACGUUGUCUUUUGCUCAUUCUUUAAAUAACAGUUGUUGUUUCUGUUUUGUUUUGUUUUUUUUCUUGUGACUAAAAAAGAUUCAAAACUCAUUUUUGGUUGCUCAAUUCUGUGUUAGGUUAAGCCUCUUUGUUUAGUCAGUGCAUGGUCAGUGAUAAGACACAAAGUUAUUCUAAGAUAUGUUGGGCAUAUUUUUCUUUCCUGUUAGUCUGUUACGCAAGUCGCGUGGAGGAAAAAUUGAUGAAUGCCAUCUUAAAAGACUACAACGAGAAAGCUCGCCCCAUUCUGAAGGAGACAGAUGUGGUCAAAGUGUUCAUUGAUAUUGCAUUACCUCAGCUGAUGAAGGUGGUGGGUAUACUGUAGUACUUCUAUAAGGAGUUUGUCACCUUUGGUAAACAUAGGUGCUCUUAGAGACUUAUGUAUAGCCAUUGGAUAAAUCCAUGAUCCCCCAUCCCCCCCCCCCCCCCCCCCCUUCUCGACCAGAAAAACGUGGACACAACAUUCUCCACUUUAGUCUAAACGAGAAGUAAUUUAAACUGGGUCAAAUUAAUUUUUCCAAAAACUUCUGCGACUGUUACAAGGGAAGGGGAAAAUAUUGGCCAAUAGCUGAACAGCACGUCCGCAGUAACUAUCCUCAUUGGAGGAACGGUUGCAAGGGAAUUUUCGGCGACAAUUCCCUUCUCAUUUUUGAUGUGGCGAAUAAGUAGGAAUGCUCGUGCAUAAUAGAGUGAAUGAAACUGCGCCAAGGUGUUCUGGGAUAGUUUCUUGUGUAUUGUAGCGAAUAAAUAAGGCGGUUAUAAGCGGACGACGUUGCCUCGUUGUUACAUGCGGUAUCUUGUAUUUCUUCGUCCUCUUUUGUUUCUUCUACUGAUACCAAUGACUGCACCGGAAAGGCAGCCUAAUUGCUCUUUUUGCAGGCCUGAAUUUAAGCAGAAAUCAACUCCAUAAUAUACAUAGACAAAGAAAACACUACAUUAUGGGACUUUGUAAAAAAAGAAGAUGUAAUUUUGUCUCCAACUUUAAUGAAUUCAUACAUGUAUUUGCUCAAAGGAAAAAAAUUGGUCCGGUUUUGUGAAAGUUCAACAGACGUACUCCGCCCACUUGAAUAUAUCAAAGCGUACUACACUACAUUUUUGAAGAUAUCAGACUUCCAAAUUAAUUGAAAUUUGUUGCUUAAUGUGCCACAAAGAGCAUUUUUCCAUGCUUUCUCUCCGCACUACAAUGGCUUCCUAAGGACCAAUCUAAACAUCGGCGUAAAGAUGUCUUUCCUCCCCCCUUGGAUGAGAGCAUCCGCAGCAGUCAGCAACACGUUAUGAACAUCAGUGGAACCUUGAGGUACAAUGCGCAGCAUUUCCAUGGCUGAUAGCAUGAAGUGGGUAAGCUUUCGACCAACCGAGGAUACUCUGAAGGCGUCCAGAGAGAAAGCGUGUUUUCCGACAAGAAAUGUGUACCUUAAAGAGAAGAAAAUUGAGAAUUCCCAGGAAAGAUGCAGCAAAGCACUGUAACCACUAAUAUUCAACUGUCAUUGUAUUGAGCAAGAAAGUUGAAGAUGCUAUUUGUUUCGUGGUCAUCAGAGCCACUCAAAAGUCCGCCCGCUUGCAGGUCAAAGACAGUGCUUUCAUUUCCCAGGUGUGUUACUGAAUACCUUUAGCAUUGGUCCGACCAAUUACUCUAAGAGAGAGGGUCGAAUCUAACCCCCAGCCUCCUGCUCUAUGCACUCAAGCGCUCCACUAACUGAGCUAGGCAACGUUUUUGCGAGGUUUUAGUUUGCAAGGUUGGGAAUGGGAAGUUGUUUUAUGCCGUUGUACAACCCUUCGACUAAAUAGCCAGCCAAACUGAAAGGUCAGAUCAGUCAGUAAAAACUGGAGAAGGAAGCCUGACCAAUUCAAGUGGUCAGCAUAUCAGACUCGCAAUUCGGCAGUUUCGGGUUCGAGUCCCUGUCCGACUUUUGGUCAAGGUGUCAAGGGUCAAGGGUCGAGGGUCGAGGGUAACAUGUCGAGGCUAGAGCAGCUAAGUGUACUUCCAACGUUGUAUAGUACAACAUGAUGUGUCCACUACAAGGGUUUUCAUUAUUGAUGCUUACUGGGGGAGGGGGAUGGAAGUAAGUUCCAAACCUCCCACCACCUAUAUCUUUAUUUCCGGCCGCCGUCAGGAGCCCAUGGGAUCCUGCCGUCGCCCCAUUUUCUUAGCUUCCUCGCUUUAGGCAUUGUUGCGUGGUUUUCCCCCUACGUUAUCGAACUUCCACCUUCCGCCCUUUCCUCUCUCAAUGCGCAUGCCAAUGAACAAUGAGGCUCAGUAUUACUGGAUGAGACUCAGUAUUACUAGAUGUCUUUAACCUCGCACUAUUUUCUAACAGUUACGUACCAUGGAAGCUCACCAUCACAAUGCGCAUUCUUAUACUCUACGAUCUCCAAUCCCGACUUCCGUAUUGCUUCCAAAAGGACAAGUUGAGUUCGCAGAUCGGGGAUGCCAUUACCAAUCUAAUGAAGUUAACACAGGAACGCGAUUUAGUCAAUUGGUAACUUAUAACUGAUAUUUAACUGGAUUGCAUCAAUAUAUAGAUCUUUUUUAGUAGCAUCAUGACAAUACUCUCACACAGCGGAGCCAGGAUCCCAUUACUCUGACGCUCCCAAUCACGUCUCAAUGCAAAUAUCACAGAGCGUGAUUCAAUGAGUCUAUUUUUAGAACCCUUACCGUAUUAUACUCAAUUAACCGAUUAAUACAUUUUUAGCCGCGUUUCUGAUGCGGCGUUUAUUCCAGAACGGCGUGUAUUUCAGAAUCAUAUUUCUUAAAUCACUGAUUAAUGGAAACAAAUCAUUCGUACAUGUAUAGUGUAAAACCGGGGUUUUGUGCUCCUCCUGCCAAGAGAUAUCAAGGACGCGAGCAAUAGAGUACUAAAUUGUGACGUCAUAAAAAUGAAAUUUCGGAAAUCAUGAGAUUUGUCAGGAUAUUCUGAAAGAACAAUGUCCAAGAGGCCUACUUGCCAAAAAUGAGCAUUCCGGGGCAAAUUGUCUAGGAGAUCGUAGUCAAGUUAUGCUUAGAAAACUCCAUACAAACCCUUCAAAAUUUUUUGGGGUCGAUCCAAAGAAAUUAGAAGGGUUUGUGUGGAGUGUUUUGAGUAUAACCGGCUAACAUCUCAGAGACAAUUUGCCCCGAGAUGCUCAUUUUUGGUAAGUAGGCCCCUUGGACAUUGUUCUUUCAGAAUGUCCUGACAAAUCCCAUAAUUUCAGAAAUUUCAUUUUUACGACGUCAUCACUUUAGUACUCUGUUGUACCCAGAAAAUUCAUCAUUCACUACCUCUCUUACUGAAUUACCUCGAUGCCUUCCUUGAUCUUCACAUGCUCUGCAUUCUUUGGGUCAAAUGCCUCUGUCAUAGCCCAGGCAGAAUCAACAAAGAUAGCACCAGGUUUUAGCACACGUCGUAUUUCUCGGUAAACAAUUUCCGGGUCUGUUGCGUAAAGAGUGGACUCUAACGCAUACCCUCCAUCAAAAGUAUUGUCGCCAAACUCCAUGUGAUGAAAGUCUCCCUGAAAACAAAGAAAGAAAAAAACAAUUAAGUUGCCGAUUAUGUGCGUCUAGAAGUGGAAAUCUUUGUUCGAGUUAAUUUUACUGUGUUCAUUUUUCUCUGACGUUUUUGUUGCAAAAGUUAAUUGAUAAAAGCCAUUCAGACUGCUUAACUAAGCAAAGCAAAGCUAUUUUAUUACAAAUGCAUAUUUCUUGUAGUUGGUCUUACUGAUCAAAAAGACCUUGUCGACCGUAGUAUUUUACAAACCAGUGGUUAACAUAACAUUUCUCGGCCUUUUUUGGUUAAUAACUGGGUGCUUUUUCAGACUCAUAAGGCAGAAGAAUAAUGAAUGACAUCAAUACUAAAUAAAUUUUAGUAAAUUAGUGUCAAGGUUUAUAUUUUAAUACCUUUUCCUGAGUUUUUAGCUAAUUCUGGGCUACAAGUAUCAUUUCAUAUCAGCUGCGUUGCAGCCAAUAUUUGUUUCUGCCGACACACCCAAUCCAAACAAACUUCAUCCAAUUUCUCUGUGAUCUGAAAAACAGUUGCUCACAUUCACACAACCAGAGGUUACUAAGUUGUUGAGUAAUUAAAACUGACCUUAACACCAAUGCAGCAUUCUUGCAUGUUGUUGUUUUCGAUGUGAAACUUCACUCGCUUGAGUUGAUAUUCACAGGGAUUAAGGCCCACUACAUGAGCUCCGGUGGACUUGGCAAUAUUUAUCAUAGGUCCCCCUACACCACAACCGGCAUCCUAUAACAAAAUGCGCAUGUCAUGGUUUUAAAAUAGACCCGAUUUUACCGAUAUGGCGGCCAUAAUGAUAUUUAUUUGAUUUAAGGAGUAUUAUGGGAUGUCCAGGGGGCAAUCGUUCAGUAUUUAUGUGCGCUUUCUGGCGAAAAGAGAACUUUAAUGUAUGUUUUCUAGGGAAAAAGGCGAUCAUUAUUACAUCCAAACACGGCACAACGAUCUUUUUUCUCCCAUUACGAUGUUUUUCUAGGAAAACUUAAAGAAAAAUUGACCCGAAUAGCGCACGUAAAUACUGAUGCAAGUAUACUGGAUCGUGCUCAUACCCCCUGGGCAUCCCAUAAUACUCUCUAAACCUAAAUAAUUCGAUAUGGCCGCCGUAUACGUAUCGGUAAAAAGGUCUAUUAUUGCCAUAGCCUGCGACCAAGCUCGCCAUUUCUGGAGAGUGAAGAGAUUCGCGAGAGAACGCGCCUCUCACCUUCGCGCCUCUGUUCGCGUGCCGUUCACACGCGACUCCUCGCGCUUCCUCAAAAUAGAGUUUCGAGUUAUGUUUAUGACAAACGUCAAACGUGAAUCUGUACCACGUGACCAAAUUUUCUCUUAAGUUGUCGUUUGCUGUCAUUACAACUAUGCGAACAUCAGUGGAUUGACGCCAGUUUUAUCCAUAAGAAUUGUUUUAAGCUUUUUUUAUCUGGUCAUUUUCUAUUUUGAGAAUUUCUUAGCGAGAAUCUGACGUUUGCCGUUUGCCUUUUGCCGUAGGCGUCUCGAUAGGUCUUUUACCUAAAUUGCACUCAUACGUGUCGGACGCCUGCAAGCGAAGAUCGGGGAAAAGGCGCAAAAAUCGGCCAUGCGAAUCACCUCGAUCACUGCAAUUAAUAUUUUGAACCAUUAGUUCUGCACUUUAAAGUUUAAGCAAGUGCCGUGUGUCAAUAGUCAUCUGCAAAUUUCAAGGUCGUGCAUUUUAUUUUAAAAUCGCAAAAAUGUACAUAUUAAAUAGAUACACAGUAAGCCUGCAAACAAUCAUUCUCCUUGAGGCCCUUGGAGAGUAAAAUAGCUGUGAUUUUUAGCUCAUGCCUCCACUCAACUACACUCCUCCAAUGCCUCCUGUAUGUGAAAUUUAUCUAUUUCGUUUCGUUUUUUCUUCACGUGACAAGCACCAGCUCCAGAGCGAAUUGUGUAUCACGCGAUGCGAAUUUGAAUACGCGCAUAUUUAAAUGUCACGCUAUCGUAAACUGAAAUCACAUCCACUGAAUUUCUAACUGAAAAUUAAAUUUGAUAUAUUACAGAAUAUCAAUAAAUAGACAACUUGGCCUCAAGUCUCCGUUCUGUGCGCUUUCCCGCUGCAUAGGCCGGCUUCAAAGCGUGUAAUCGUAGCGGAUAGUAAGCGGUAGGCCCUUAUCAACUGUCCAUACAUAAUUUGUGGCCGGAAAAACGAGCAUAAUCUUUGCUCUUUAAAAAAGUAGCAAUGCUAUCAUAAGCACGGUAUUUUUUUCAUUUAGCUCAGCUUAAUCAUUGAACGGACCAUCGGCAGACUCAUUCUUGCUCGGUCCAGAUUGAUUUUUUUUUUUAAGUGCAUCCAUUUUUCAGUCUAAUGUUUUCGUCAAGAGAGGGAGGACACGGUGCUGUUCAUGGUCGAGAGAGCUGGGCACACCGAAAGUCAGAAAGAUUGCGUCUGUCCUAGUUUCCGGUUUCGUACGCAACGAGAUGGGUGAGACGGCGCCAAACAACUUGCUGAUAGACCAAACCCCGUUGAAAUUGGUCUGAUCAAAGCUUACCAAAGGCAUAUACAAGGCCAUGGGUCAUCUGACGUGAAAAUAGUACCAUUCAAUGCAUGAUCGCAUAAUUUGAAGAAAAAUUAGCAUAAAAUUUUCAAAGAAAAGCAUAUAUAAUUCGGAAAAAAUUAGGCAACGCUAAUGGCAUAUACUUCUUUUACUAGCACAAUCGUUAAGAGCCCAGAAAGGGGACACCACGUGUGUGGCCUUUCGAGGGGCACAAAUAUGGUGCCCCGAACUUAUGCCCAGACCUGGGUUUCGAAUCGCGAAACCGGAUGAAAUCAGUGUAACGGAAAAGGAAACUGUUCAUCUAAACACAUUUUCUAAUACCUCUACGUCCUCUACCAUCAAAGAGCAAAAAGCUGAGCCUUACGAUAAUUAUAAAUUUUGGAUCAAAUGUUUGUUUUGUCCUUUUUCAGCCGUUGUUUUAAAUCCUUCAUCAUCAGGUUGUCACUGGUUAUUGGUAUGAUUCGGUUGACUUCAUAAUUCUAAAGGUCGAGUAAUGGCACAGGUCUCCCAAGCUCGAAAUAUGAGGAUCGGAAUUGUAGCGUAACGUUCCAAGUAAAAGGAUUUGUAUGCCAAAGCGGGGGGGGGGGGAACUAAGGUUCCUGUACCCUAAGAAUAUAAAAGAAUUUCGAUUUACCUUACUUUAAAUAUGUGUUUCGUCUUUCCUUUGAGGUCUGCGAGCCUAUUUAUUCCCAUUUCACAAUGAUUUCAUGGGAAAGGAUGUAUCCUGGGAGAGUAUAUCGGUUCACACCAGUUACUGUAUUCGGUUACACUAAAACCCAUAAAAAUGGCCACAAAUCGGCUCGCGGAGCACCGUGAGAGAAAAGACGUAACGCACAGUUUACGUAAGGUUAGUCGUUUUUAUUGAAAUCCUUUUAUAGUCGUUGGUUACAAGUAACGAUAGGUCCUCUCCCACCCAUACCAAUCUUAAAAUUUCCGGGAUGUUUCGCCAUAAUGCCGAUGCUAAUAUUUUGCGCUUGGGCUGCCUGUGGUAACGGCACAUAAAUUAACCAGUGAAAACAUACUUAUGAUAAACAAGUAGGGGCAUAAUUAGAAGGUGGUGUGAUGACUGUCAACCAAUCAAACACCGCGAACUUUUGACAUCUUGAAAUCGGGUCCAAAGUAUGCGUUUUUGGCCGCGCUUUAAAAAAAAAAUGAAACUUUAACUAAUUCAGGUUACAAUAUAUUUUGACACUAGUUUCAAAGUGUCUAGACAAAAUAUAGCCUCAUUUAACAUUUCCUGGUGACGAACGUAUACAAGUACAAUGACAAAAUGAAAAAGCAAUGAAAAAGAGAGUUUACCUACCAGUAGCUUCAUGCCUUGAUUAGCCUUUAUAGUUCUUGCAAUUUCUCUUUCAUAGGCCAAAACACACUCCUGCAAGGAAGAGCUCGCGGAUAGGACCGGUGCGAAAUGAAAUGAUCGUCCGUACCCAUAUUCAUAAAAGUCGGUGACAAGUGUAUAGAAGUUGUUCGAAAUGUCGGCGACAUUUCGAAUUCGCUCUUUGCGUUUCGCCUCUCGCUCCGACUUCUCUUUGCCCCGCUCGAACUGUUUAAUAUAUCUCUUAACAUUUUCUUGAACGAAAUCAUGCCCGUAGGCCUGACUAUUGUAAUUCAUUAAACUAUUAUGCUCAGAAUUUUCCACACUGCCUUCGUCACGUUUUGACAUUAUUGCAAAGUAAAAUAACUAUAAUUCUCAAACGUUAGGACUUCAACUCCACCUUCGAUGUCUCAUACAGCGCCUACGUAGCUCACACCUGACGACCCGUUCCCAGUCUUCAAUCUGCCUUUAUUUGAUUUUAGCGAGCCUUCAUUUGAAUUUUUCGUCACGCAAACUAUUUGUAAAAGCGUGAUCGGGGGGUGGGUGUUCUGGCGUAUAUAUAUGGGCAGGAGCCUGCCGCUGGACAGCGUAUGGUUUUUACCUCUCUGUCCUACAGGCAGUGUACAUAAUUUCGUGCGAGUCUGUCCUAGUUAUAAAACAGGGUAUUGCCUGCACGGAUUGAUCGAAGAAAUUUGUUUGUACUCCAAGUGUAAAAAAGCAAUGACUAUAACCUGAAUUUGCUUCAUUGCAAUUGCUAAUUUGCUAAUCCUCAACGGCUCACCUAUACCCAAACCUAUACCAAACUAUACCGAAAUGUUAGUCGUGUAGCUGCCCCCCCGAGGGCAUCUGAGCUCAAUGAACAGUGAGCAGGACCUACUGAAAAGAAGGAGUUGAAAUUGCGGAAACGAACAGCAUUCCUGAUGCCAAAAAGUCUCUUUCAGUGACUCUCAAAUUCCAUUAAUUUUGCCAGUCUAAAAACAUUACUAAUGUUCAGAAGCCUAAUAGGCUCCUGUAAUACCCUCCUGUAAUGUUUUAUUUUAUCCUUUGAAGGCCCCCUGAAGAUUAGAUUAGAACAGAUUGCAUUCAUGUAAACUUGAAAAAUUUGCCUGCUUUUUCAAGUUUUCUCAGUUUGUGUUAAACUUAAAAGGGGUUUUGUCAAGGCUAAUAGCUCAUUUUGUUUCCGUUGCCAGUUAUGCGUCUGAAUUCAAUAUAACUCAGUAUCCGCCUUAGAAAUGGAUACGUAGUUAGGAAGAAAUUACUUCAUUUUUUAAAUGACAAAAAUAAUGGCUUUGUGUAUAGGUCUCCGAAGAAUUAUAUCGAACGUCAGUAAAAAACUGUUAGGUCAAGUACCUCACCGCUACUAUCCGUUUUAGGCUGGCUGUUGUUCGGAUAUCUUUUCGUGCCGACACGAUAAACCUAUCCAGUAUAGUAUGAACACCUCUCUGAUAUGUGACUCUCCACUUUAGAGAACGGCCCCGGGGGAGAGGGGUACUCCCUUAUAUAAGCCAUAUAGCUAUGUGCCGCCCCAUCGGGUUGGGUUUAUGCGCCGUUUUGGUCUGAAAACGGUACACACUUUGCCCAUUUUGGUCUGGAAUCGGGUAUGGUUUUCGAGGGAACUACGGAGUGUAUGAACGUAUUUAUCGUUCCAAUUCCAAAUGAGUAAGAAAGAAGGAGAAAUAAAAAUCAUGCGAAUUCGAAAUGGAUUUGAAUAAUUUUUUGUUUGCGCUCUAACGGCUAAGUAAUGAUAACGUAAUUUCUGCCUAAAGGCCAGGUCUGAAAACGGGUACGGAUUUUAGAGGACUAGUCUGAAAAAGGGUGUGGGAAAUUACAUUGUUUGGUCUGAAAUCGGGUCAGGAUUUGAGCGACCGGGCGGCACACCCCCCACCAAGAAUUCCCAGGAGUACUCCCCCACCCCUCCCCCCCGGAGAUCGGAGCAGCGCAGCUUUGUUCCGUUACAGAAAUCGCGCCGAAAUCACCGUUCUUGUGUGUGAACAGAAACCCUUUUCGUGUCAACGCAAAAACUAUCCGGUAUAAUGCGAACAUAGCCUUAAUCUUCUUCAAGUUUACAAACAACAAAAAUAUACCUUAAAAAAACUGUUUUAAUUACGUCAACAAGUGCAUCAAUAGCUAUCCGUUUUUGGCUAUUGUUCACACGGAUAGCUUUUCGAGCCGACACGAAAAGCCAUCCGCUGUAGUAUGAACACCUAUCCGAUAUUUUACUCUCCACGACCUCCACUAUAGAGAUCGGCGCAGCACAUCUUCGCUCCGUGACAGAAAUCGCACCGACAUCGAUCAACGGCCGAGUAUGUACGUAUGGAAUGGAGCCCUGUCCUGUAAUGGUUUUCGUGUCGGUGCAAAAGCUGUUCGGUUUUAUGGGAAUACAGCCUUAAUCUUCUUCAAGUUUAUCCAUCCGUGCCUUCUGUUAUAUAUACUUGCUGUGAUAUUCAUACCUUCUUCUAAUGCUUUGAGCAGUUAUUUUUGCGUCUCACUCUUUUUGCUGGUAAUUAACAUUGUUAGAAUUUUAAUAACACAGCUCCUUCAAGGAGCGACCUAAAAUGUUCUUCUGUAUCAAGAUUACUUUCGUGGUGAUGAGUUUGGAAAUAACAGACAUACAAAGUUUUUAAAGGCUCGUAAUCAACCCAGAGAGGCCAAUCAAGUCCCUUGAAGCGGAAAAUUUACUGAACCGCAACGUCAGCGUCAUCAAGAACAACUCUAUUGUUGUUGCUAAGGCCAGAAAUAAAUUGCGUCAGAAACUCUAAGAAAUGUUACACCAAUUAUGUUAACCCUUACGAAAUGAGACACUAUCUUUUUUCUAUCUUAAAGCUAGUUAAUGAAACUAUCUACAAGCUAUCUUGUUUCUAGUUUAUUCCUAUCUUCAUGCUCUGUGUAUUACCACUAAUAACUAAUUACUAUCUUAAGCCUAUCUUAAUAAUAACUAAUUUCUAGCUAUUUGGAACCAUGCAGAUUCUUCAGUUUUAGAAUUCUUAAGAAUUCUAAACUGAAGAAUCGAAUGAGUCUGUUUUAAAUUAGAAAUAGAAGUCAAUUUAAAAGGAAAUCUUUAAUCUGCCUAAGCAGGCUCACUUGUGAGAAUUCGGGGAAAAUUUUGGUGUCUUUGGCGGUGGAGCCGCCAUACAUGUACAGCGCGAAUGAGUUGGCGGCUUCGCACAAGUGAGCCCUGCCCACAAGUUAUGAUCUGCCUCUCUUAAUGUAUUGCUAGUUUCAUGCCCCACUACUUAAGCUAUAUUAUUAAUUUCCUCGUAAACAAAACUUUAGAUUUCACUUUUAGUAGUUGGCUUUUAGUAGUUUAGUAGUUACCAACUCCCUUUACUCAGUAUAUAUCUUUUUAGUGUCUGUUGUGUAUCUCCUAUCUAAUGAAAUGUUAAUACUUAUUGUUUUCGUAAACUUUUUAUUUCGAUUGAAAAGUGACUUGACUUGACUAGAUUUAAUAUUAAAACCAUUUAUUUAAGCCGAAAUAAUCCUUUUUAAUAGGAUGAGAAAGAGGAGGUCAUUACCACAAAUGUAUGGAUGAGACAGGUAGGGGAAUAUGUUAUCAAUUCGAUCUUUUGUUUGAUUUCCUAAGAUUAAACAAGAAAAACAAGUUACAAAUGACGAGAUAGAGGUAGGAAAAAAGUUUCAAGUUGUUGAAGGAGUUCACAUACAAUACUCCUUGCCUACUUUAAUCAUCUUGCAAGAGGUAUGCGGCGUAAUGUAUGGUCACAACAGGAGAAAGAAGUUGAAUGAUCGAGUAGCUACAAUAGUUGUGGUCACACUACAGACUUUUACCUAGGUAAAACUCGACUUGUUGACAGUUUACCUAGGGAAACUUGAUUUUUUAAAUGUGACCGAUUUUUCCCUAAGUAACUUACCUCGGGAAAGUGAAAAGCAAACGUCUUUAGCAAAUAAAAACCAAUAAUAUAACUGUUGUUUUUGCAGUUCUGGAAUGAUCCACGACUUUCCUGGAACAAAUCUGAAUUUGAAAACAUCUCGCAGGUUAUCAUCAACCCAAAGAAGGCGUGGUUGCCAGAUGUUGUGCUACUGAAUAGGUGCGAAUACGAUGUGGAAAGUGAUAUAACUCGUUUUCAGUGGUAUCAUCUGCUCACAAUCACCACCACCAUUAUCAUUUAUAACCUUUAUUAUCAUUAUCACAUUCGUCAUCGUCAUUAUCAUCAUCAUCGUCGUCGACGUUAUCUCUUUGACGUCACCGAUAUCAUCAACGUCACUAUCACGAUCAUCAUCACCAAAAAUCAACAUAGGUAUAUAAUAACAACAUCAUAAACAGUUUAUAACCAUUGAGUUAUCAUUGUCAUCAGCCACUAGAGAUCUCGCAAAGGGAAGUGAAAGAGCGAGGCAUCCUAAUGUUUUCUCAGUAGCUAAAAAUGAUACGAUGCCAGAGAGAACUGUUGUGUGUUUUUGUGUUUUUGUUUGUUUGCUUCCUUGUUUCUUUGGUUGUUUGUCUUCUAAAAUGAAUUUCUAAAAGCAUAGAAUGGGCACAUGAUAUAACGGUGUUAAAACAGAUUCGUUUCUGUCCCGUCUUUCCCCGUGCAGAAAAUCAAAGCUUUAAGUCUAAUUAAUAUCAUCGUCAUUAUCAUCAUCAUCAUCAUUUCGAGUCUCCUCGGGCAAUGUCUCGCCACACACCACUAUCUGUCUGUCCAACAUGGUAGUUUAUGCCAAGUACUAAUCAAUAUAGGAAAGACUCAAAAAACAUACCGCACUUAUAUUUAUAGAUUAAAGGUGUAGCAAAAACCCAAGUUGCAAUGGAGGAAAGUAAAAUUCACUGGAAAUUCAUCGUUUUUCUUUUUAUUCCCAACAGCGCCGAGGAGGUGACGGACGGGCGCGGUAACGCAGCUCGCCUGGUUGUGAAGUAUGAUGGGAAUGUAUCAUGGUUGAAUCCGGUGAUCUUCACGAGCUCGUGUGAAAUCGAUAUCACAUUCUUCCCAUUGGAUGAUCAAACUUGUGACCUUAAGUUUGGCUCGUGGUCUUAUAACAGUGACUUCCUGGACGUUUAUCCACGGAGAGAAGGCGCAGACUUAAGUUCGUAAGUGGUAUAUAUGGGAACGCCCUAUACAAGGAACGGACAAUCAUACCGACACUUCUCUCCUACUGACAGCAGACCUUUUUACCGAUACGGCGGCCAUAUUGAAUAAGUUAGAUUUAAGGAGUAUUUUGGGAUGCCCAGGGGGCAUGAGCACAUUCCGUUUAGUAUUUCAAGCGCCUUUUGGAGCAUUUUUCUAAAAAUUUUCUUAGAAUAAGAUUGUAAUGGGAAGGAGAUCGUUGUGCCGUUUUUGGAUGUAAUAUUGAUCGCCUUUUUCCCCGGAAAUGUACUGUGAAAGUCUGAAAGACCAUAUUUCUUAUACUAAGCGAGUGCAACAGAUUGUGCUCAUGCCCCUUGGGCAUCCCAUAAUAGUCCUUAAAUCGAAUUAAUUCAAUAUGGCCGCCGUAUCGGUAAAAUGGUCUAUUACCUUGAAUGCUCCAAAGCCGCCAAAUAGACCACUUAGCUUGUUUUUGCAAUGUAGGUUAUGUGAUGUUACACUGAAGAACUGUUACUUUCAAAUUUUGACCUGUAUACCUCAGAAAAAAUUCCCUCCAGAGAAUAUCAACACUAAGAAAACAAAACAUACAAGCAAAAAGACUAGAACAUACGUGAGGAUCGUCGCAUCUACCAUGGACACUAGAAUGUUUAUUUUUGGUGUCCGUAUUAAAUUUUGGCUGUACACUUUUCCUCAUUUUACAACAAAAGCCAGUAUUAAAUUUUGUGUUAAUCACCCCUUCAAAAUUUAACCUUGGCAAGUUCAAACAUUCUGUUUAUCUUAUUGUUUAUCUCAUGAAAAUAAAUGUGAAUAUCAUUUAACUUUUUUAACGCCCGAAAUUUUAAUUCCAUGAACACUGAAAAUGAUUCGUAGCCCGGAAGAAAUCAAAUUAAAUGACGUUUAUCCCCAGGUAUACGGGUAUUUAUCAACUUGUUAUUCUUGGUUUGCAACCAUGUGACAAGGCGGCCAUGUUGGUGGUGUGUUGGUUGUCAAUAGAAUAUAAUUUUUUCUCGAAGAAUUUACAUGAAAAUAGAGUUUAGUUCCCAGAGGAGAGAAAUGCUUUUGUUCUUGACCACCAACAUGGCCGCCGUGACGUCACGUGCAAACCAGCAAUACGGUAAUUAUACGUAUGUAACAACGCAGGUAUGUAGAAAAUGGUGAGUGGAUACUUAGUGGCGUUACAUCGAAACGCACUGUUUUGGAGUACGACUGUUGUGAUGGAAAAUUUCCGGAUGUAACUUACCGUCUGGAAUUACGCCGUCGUACCUUAUUUUACCUGAUGAACUUCAUUUUGCCAUGCGUGUUGAUCGCCGUCUUAACCCUGCUUGUUUUUCUGUUGCCUCCGGAGUCUGGCGAGAGAAUGUCAUUUGGAGUAACUGUUCUUUUGUCCUUUACCAUUCUGUUGUUGAUGCUGAUGGUGAGUUUGGUUUUGUUUUGUUUUUUUUUUGCUUGUGAUAGCCCAGCGUCGUAUCCAAGUCCUAAAAACUAUGAACCAAUUAGUGUCAAACAAGGUUUAGUACAAUGUUUGUCAAACCGUUUGGGACAUUUUGUCUUUCAUGAAGGGAACUUGCACUUCAAGUUAAUCCCCCUCCCCUAUUGGAAAGUUUUGGGUGUUAGAAUAAGUCAAAUACCUUUUAGUUACUUGUACAUCUUGCACUGAUUAUAAACCGGAUUAGCUUUGGUCAGUGAGGUGGGGUGGGGGAAAAACCUUGAUAAGUCCGUGUUUAUGAGUGUGUAUUGCUGGAUACGAGCAAAUUCCAUACAAACCUACGUGAAAGGGGAUCGGUAUCCUAGAACCUUUUGACCCGGAUUGCAGCUCUUGUAGAUUUGAUUGGAAAUUACUCCUCUUUCCUGCACCAACAAAUAUUUUGAAAGGUCUUUCAAGCCUUUCGAAACCCAUCACUAGAUCUCUUCUACAGUGAAAUGAUCGUACGCGCUUCGAUUCUAGGUUGCUCUAAAUAUUUCUGGCAGUUUUUAACGACGAUCAAAUGUGCCAUUAAGGGAUUAUUCUGGCUGGGGCAUGUUUGGACUGAGUAUUUGCAUACACAUUGAAAAACUCUAAGCUAUCAGCGACUAAUUCAUAAACGAAUGUAUCUGAUCCCUUUUUUGUGAAAUCAAGUACAUCUGAGAUACUCAGUCAGAUAAUUGUUGUGACCACCACUUUGUCUAUUUUCUUCCUCAGGCCAAGCUACCAGCCACCUCCAAAGUCAUUCCGCUUAUUGCUGUCUACUACGCCUGCACUAUUAUCGAGGUGUCAGCGGCAAUGGGCAUGGCUUGCCUCAUGCUACGCUUUUAUCAUCCCACCAACUCCUCUGCCCCAAUCCCCGCCUGGAUCCGGGUAUAUUUAUGAUGUUGUAAUAAGGACCUUAAGAUGCGAGAACAGCGACGGCAUCGUGAUUAUUUCAUCUCGUUUACUUUGUCGAAUGUACGCGAACUCUCCUGGAGUUGAAUUCCUACUGAGAGCCUUAUCCAAGUUAAGAAAGACAAAGAAAAUUUCGUCGUUGCUUGUUUACACCCUCUAUAAAAUAUGAAAUGGCAUUUUCACGUCGUAGUCGUGCAAAAACGGCAAAGAAAUGUACAAAAAAGUUUUAUGCACGUGCAAAGUUAUUGUUUUGCUUAAACCUAUUGCCUUUAUGACGUUCUCGUUGACGUCGCCGUCGUCUGAUCUUAAGGUCCAUAAUACGCGAAUGUAAUCAAUGAGUCCAGUGUUUCUCCAACUGGAAGUUUUGGACAAGGAUUCCUCUGGUGUAAGCCUAAAAGGAUGUUUCUGACUAAAAAGAUUUUUGAUCAACAUUCCCCCACACGUCACACUAAGUAGCUUGUGUUAAAAAUGGCACUCAGCAACCACAGCAAUUUUACUGACGCUAUGAUUAUGCAAUAUGACAUCGAGUAACAUUUUGUACUAGAUCCAAUGUAGAUUGGUCCGUGACCGUCUCGAUAGCGUUUUUCGGCGCUGUGCAAGAAGUUCUAAACUCGAUAGACAACCGCAUUUAAUUUUGUCCCCCCCCACCUCCCUUUUUUUGUAAUGAUGUCUGUUUGACCCAAAUAUUGGUUACAGUUCGGUCUCAAGUACAUGAAUAGUACUUGCGCAGAGGAAGGACAAAAAUGGUAUCACUAACAUAAUAUUUUCGUUCUUGUAGGUUUGUGUGCUCAAUUAUUGUGCAAGAUUGGUGCGUUUAAGCACGUCGGCAGGCCGAGUGAGACAGGCACAAAUUGUCCAAGAGUUUCGACAAGGUAAACAAAGCUAGUAAUAUGACAGCUGAACUCCCUUUCAAGCUUUCUACACUCGAAGAGACGUGAGAAGCAAAGGAAACCCUAGGGAACUUUAAGACGUUUGCAGCGACGUACGUCAACCGUUAAUGGAAAUUUUGCAUUCUUGCCCGGGGUUUUGCCUAAAUUUUUUAACAAAUCGUCUCGCGCUCAACUUUUACGCUUACGCAUGGUCUUCCAUUCACUGGUUUUUGUUUUGUUUCUUCUAUUUCCGCGCAUAAAAUUUACGUGCGUAUGCACUUUAAAAUUACGCGCGGCAGUGGAAAAUUACCGUUAGCGAAAAGGCGCAUAUUAAAAAGGAAAAGGCUUAAGCUAUCUGAUUCAUGUGAAAAUGCGGUCCAGCUCCUACUCCCUUCUCACAUGUGUAGCUAGCAAUUUCUCUCAAGUUUCAGAAUUGUCUCUGGGGCGGAGAAAACAUCAAAGAAUAUAUUAAAAAGAUAUCACUACUUGUUCAACUUCUAUUUCAUAAACGUUUCAAGGGGGAAACUGGUAGUUGCGGCGAGAGAGAAAAAAGUCGGAAGGGUUUGCUCUCGCCCAGGCUACACGAGCUUAAAAUUGUUGUUUCUCAUUGCAGUGAAACUGCGCGAAAACAGAGGCAAAGAACAAACGAACAUGACGGUCUUGACGGAUAAUAUUUUCAAGCAAGAAGAAGCGGACACCAUGAGAGAGGAAUGGAGAAUGGCAGCGAUAAUAAUCAAUCGACUUUUUGCAUGGAUUUAUGUCUUUACCAUCAUAGUAACUUUGUUGGCGGUCUUGCUGACGUCACCUAGAUUUAGAAAUGGGGAGCUGUGAAGUCUACUGAUUCCUGUAGUGAUGAAAGAAGUAACUUAUCGAGAACUUAUCUAACCUCAAAUCCUCAGUCUCGUUUUAUUAGUAAGAAGCGAUUGGUUAAUUCGUCACCUCAUAAGGGUUAUAUAUCGUUUUUACUCAAGCGGCCACCAUCUACGCAAAUUUAUCGCGACAAAAGAAAGUGUUUGGAACAGCAACAUGGCCGCCGUUUCAUUGUUUUGGGACACCAAUAGGGACCUUAGGAUGCGAAGACGGCGACAGCAGGUAAAACGUCACUUUAAAAAGUGAAUUCGUGGUUUUCCAAUCUUCAUCGCGAUUAUUCCAUCUCCUUUUUUUGUCGAAUGUAUGCGAACUCUCCUGGAGUUGAAUUCCUAAGAGCGAAAAAAGCUGGUGUAAAGUUCUCAUUUACGUAACUUUACGACCCAUUUAAGCCACCUAAAGUCGAACUUUACGCUACCGUAAAGAAACACUUUAAGCUUUGCGUAAAGUUGGUGUGAAUGCGCUUUAAAUUAGAGAUUUAAACCAGCAUAACUGAGGCAUCAAGUCAGGGGUGUAAAGAUCUUAUUUAGACAAUACUUUUACGCGAUACGCGGACAUGCACAGAAGUUGUAGUUUAAAAAGUAGGGCUCUUUUCAGUUUCCAAUUUUUCAUUACCAUAACCAAUUUUCAAAUUGCCUAUAUCUUUAUUUUCACAUUUCAAAUGCCAUGAACAUCGCCAGGCAUGCUACAUUUUUGUAACUGCAAAAACUGCAAAUACGAAUCGCAAUUUUUUAAGGAUAGCC